CCUUUCUUUAGGCUUCUGAACCUGCGCAAGCUGGGUCUGAGUGACAAUGAAAUCCAGAGACUUCCCCCUGAGGUUGCCAACUUCAUGCAACUGGUGGAACUGGACAUCUCCCGUAACGACAUUCCAGAAAUUCCUGAAAGCAUCAAAUUCUGCAAAUCCUUGGAAAUCGCAGACUUCAGUGGGAAUCCUCUCUCCAGGCUUCCAGAGGGCUUUACACAGCUUCGGAGCCUGGGCCAUUUGGCCUUGAAUGAUGUGUCCCUGCAGAGCCUCCCCAAUGACAUUGGGAAUUUGGCAAACCUGGUGACUUUGGAGCUACGUGAGAACCUGCUAAAGACUCUCCCCACUUCACUCUCCUUCCUUGUCAAGUUAGAACAGUUGGAUCUUGGUGGAAAUGACCUGGAAGUACUGCCAGAUACUCUGGGAGCGCUACCAAACCUGCGUGAGCUUUGGUUAGACCGGAACCAGCUCUCAGCCCUGCCUCCAGAGCUGGGCAAUCUCCGCCGCUUGGUCUGUCUGGAUGUGUCAGAGAACAAGCUGGAGCAGUUGCCCAAUGAGGUCAGUGGGCUAGUAGCACUGACGGACUUGCUCCUAUCACAGAACCUGCUGGAAUGCAUUCCGGAUGGGAUUGGUCAGCUGAAGCAGCUCUCCAUCCUGAAGGUGGACCAGAAUCGGCUGACAGAGGUGACAGAGUCAAUUGGGGACUGUGAAAAUCUGUCAGAACUCAUCUUGACAGAGAACAUGCUGACAGCCUUACCAAAGUCCCUUGGCAAGCUGGCCAAGCUGACGAACCUGAACGUGGAUCGGAACCGGCUAACAUCCCUUCCAUCUGAGAUUGGAGGCUGUGCCAAUCUGAAUGUGCUGUCCUUGCGAGACAAUCGGCUGGCCCUCUUGCCACCAGAGCUUGCCAACACCACUGAGCUUCACGUCCUGGAUGUGGCUGGGAACAGACUGCAGAACUUGCCAUUUGCUUUGACAAAUCUUAACCUGAAAGCCCUGUGGCUGGCAGAAAAUCAGUCUCAGCCCAUGCUGAAAUUCCAAACAGAGGAUGAUGAAAAGACAGGAGAAAAAGUUCUCACUUGUUACUUGCUUCCCCAGCAGCCCUCUCCUAGCCUAGAGAAUCUUUUGCAGAACAGUGUGGAUGAGAGCUGGACGGACACCAAUUUAAACAGAGUCAGUGUGAUUCAAUUCCUGGAUGAACCCAAAGUAGAUGAUGAAGAGGAGUCUGGAGCUGAGAGGCGGGGCUUACAGCGUAGAGCGACCCCUCAUCCCAGUGAACUGAAGGUUAUGAAGAAAGUGAUUGAAGUUCGGCGCAAUGGGGUAUACGCUGCAAAGCCUGACACGGACCUGAAUUCUCCUAACUCAGAAGAGAAGAGGCUGAGCGCCAUGUCAAAUCGCAGUGAGGACUCCCACCUUUCCAACAGCACUGCCUCUGCUGACUUUAGGGGAGAGGAGCAGGGAGAGGAGGGAGAGAGGAGCUGGCCAAAUGGGCAGCAUAAGGAAGCUGCUGUCCAAGAGGAGGAAGAUGUGGAACCCACUGUACACUUUGCUGAGGACACACUAAUACGGAGUGAAGAUGAGGAUGAAGAUGAAGAACGACCAUUCCCAGUGGAGAAACAGAGGCUUAUCCGCAAAGACACGCCCCAUUAUAAGAAACACUUUAAGAUAACUAAACUGCCCAAGCCAGAGGCAGUGGUGGCACUCCUGCAGGGGCUCAACAGCGAUGGAGUCCCCAAAGAGGAAGAGGAGUUAGGAGGCUGCAAUAACAACACAGAGCCCGAGGAUCAGGAGGAAGCAUGGAAUGAGGAUGACACAAAGAAUGGAGCUUUAUCUGCUCAGCCAUCAGUGAAGGGGGUGUCGUUUGAUCAAGCCAAUAAUCUGCUGAUUGAACCUGCUCGCAUUGAGGAGGAAGAGCUGACAUUGACUAUCGUGCGGCAGACAGGGGGGCUGGGCAUCAGCAUCGCAGGGGGCAAGGGCUCCACCCCCUAUAAGGGUGAUGACGAGGGCAUCUUUAUUUCCCGUGUGUCAGAAGAGGGUCCUGCAGCUCGUGCAGGUGUUCGUGUUGGGGACAAGCUUCUGGAGGUGAAUGGUGUGUCCCUGCACUGUGCUGAGCAUCAUGUGGCAGUGGAAGCUCUGCGUGGGUCGGGAAGCUCUGUCUCGAUGACAGUUCUGCGAGAGCGGAUGGUGGAGCCAGAGAACGCCAUCACUGUCACACCGCUACGCCCUGAGGAUGACUACAGCCCUCGUGAGAGGCGAGGUGGUCUACGUUUCCCAGAGCGACCUGAGGGGGCACCUCCCACGGAGAGAUAUUCCACUUGCCUCGUGCGCAAUGAGAAGGGUCUGGGCUUCAGCAUUGCUGGUGGCAAAGGCUCCACACCCUACCGGGCUGGUGACACGGGGAUCUUUAUCUCACGGAUUGCAGAGGGUGGUGCAGCCCAUCGGGACGGGAUCCUGCACGUAGGAGAUCGGGUCAUCUCGAUCAAUGGGGUAGACAUGACAGAAGCCAGGCAUGAUCAGGCAGUAGCGCUGCUUACUGCAUCCUCCCCCACCAUCGUACUGCUGGUAGAGAGAGAGGGUGCAGAGCAGCUCAGCGAGGGAGACUCGCCAGGUGUGCCACGAGUGCGCAUGCACUCGCCACCACCGCCUCCCAGCCAUGGCGAGAGCCCACCGGAGGAGACGCCUUCGCUGCAAAGGAACCAUCUGUCUAAAGGCCUGGAGGAUCAAUAUCCCAUUGAGGAAAUUCACCUUGUAAAAGCAGGUGGUCCCCUGGGACUCAGCAUCGUAGGAGGCAGUGACCAUUCAAGCCAUCCCUUUGGUAUUCAUGAACCAGGUGUCUUCAUUUCAAAGGUCAUUCCCCGUGGACUGGCAUCUCACAGUGGACUCCGUGUAGGGGACAGGAUCCUGGAGGUAAAUAGUAUUGACCUGCGCCAUGCUACCCACCAGGAAGCAGUGAAUGCCCUGCUCUCCAACACCCAGGAGCUGACUAUGUUAGUAAGGCGAGACCCACCACCACCUGGGAUGCAGGAAAUAUGUAUUGAAAAGGCUCCAGGAGAAAAGCUGGGCAUCAGCAUCCGGGGUGGAGCAAAAGGUCAUGCUGGAAAUCCAUUUGAUCCCACUGAUGAAGGCAUCUUCAUUUCUAAGGUGAGCUCCUCUGGGGCUGCAGCCCGGGAUGGACGUCUGAAAGUGGGAAUGCGGAUCCUGGAGGUGAAUCACCAGAGUUUGCUGGGAAUGACACAUACAGAAGCAGUACAGAUACUCCGAAGUGUGGGUGAUGCACUCCUUGUGCUAGUGUGUGAUGGCUUUGAUCCCAAGGCUGCAGCUGCCAUUGAGAUGUCCCCAGGAAUUAUUGCAAACCCUUUUGCUGCUGGUAUUGGGCGCAAGAAUAGCCUGGAAAGUAUCUCUUCUAUUGAUCGGGAUUUAAGCCCUGAAGAGCUGGAGAUCCUACAGAAGGAGAUGGAAAUGGUGAGAGAAGCAACUCAGUGGGAGAGAGAAGAAAUGGAGAAAGUGAAUAUCACCAGUGAACCUUUGAGACUGGACUAUCGGACCCUGGCUGCUUUGCCCAGCAGUGGCUUACAAAGAGUCAAUCGCACUCUUGUUCAGUAUAAUAAGGCCAGCUCCAGAAUGGAGGGCGACUGCGCUAUGCUGUCUCUGCCAGUGGCACAGGACAGCCGAGAUUCAUACUCAGAAACAGCUGCAGGCCCGAUCAUCGGAUGCGUGGCUGGCCUUCCUCAGAACCCUGCAUCACCUGGCAAGUGCACGAGUGGGGCAGAAAAACCCCAGCUAGACAAGCAGGAUCCCACGGGUUGCCCCUUGUCCCAGGACCAGAUGACAAAGACGCCAGAGCAAGAGUGUAUGAUUGACUCUCAGCCGAUCCUCUUCAGUGAGAACCCCUUUGUGGUGGCUAACCGCAAGGGGAAAGCGGCAGGCAAGGCUUGCCUGGGGGGCCCACCCCUGGGCUAUGGCAGGGGGGGAGUGCUGAAGACCAACCUUUACUCCAAGGCCCCUGCUGUCGAGUCUGGGACAGGAAAUUCCAGGCGUGAAACUCCCUAUUCUCCUAGUAAUCAGCAGGCUUCCAUUAACUUCAUUACAUCGCAGGAUGACAGUAAAUCA